UUAAAUGCUAAGAAAACGUUAUUUUUUUAAAAAUUGAAAUGUUUUGGUUAAUUUUGACCAACAUUUUUAUUUUACUAAAUGUUAUUCCAUUGAGUAACGUUCAAGAAAUCAAUUCUAUUGGUCAAUUGAGAAAGCGUGUUAUGCUUGGACAGAAUGCUGAAUUGUUCGAAUUCCCUUUUCAAGUUGCAGUCCAAGAAAGACUAAGUGGCAGAUGGGUCUUUCUCUGUGGAGGAGUUUUGGUCACUGAAAAAAAAGUUCUGACUGCUGCCGAUUGCUUUGACCACUUGACUGCCAACAACGUCCGUGUGAUUGUUGGGGUACUAAAUAUAUAUGGGCCACCAAACCAAUACCAACAAACUAUUUACGUUUCCAAUAUACACAAGCAUGAAAGUAUCGAAGAUGAGCUUCAAGGAUGGAACCCCAAUAAUAUUGCUGUAAUAACACUGGCCACCGCAGCGAAACUUAACCUGAAUGUGCAGCUUGCAAAAUUAGCAGAAAAUUCUACUCAAUAUACGGAUACAAAUACACAUGAAAAGUGGAUGAAACCACCCUGCCUGAUAACUGGCUGGGGUUACACCGAGAAUAUAAUAUUACCAAAUACGCUACAGAAAGCAUCAACAAGAAUCAUGCCAAUUAAUAUCUGCCAGAAUAUGUGGCCUUCGUUCAAAGAUGCUUUUAGUGAUGGAUUGUUCGUUUGCAUUAAGAGUGAUUUUGAUCUGCCAGAAAAAAAUCAAUAUAACGGUCCUUGUUACGGAGAUGGCGGCGGCCCUUUAAUGUGUGGGCUAAACAAUCAAAACCUUGAGCUUGUUGGAAUAGGAUGUUUUGUAGAACCAACUUGUACACCUUCUCCAAUCCCUGCUGUGUACGUUAAUCUUCCUGCGUACCGGAAGUGGUUGUCAGACAAAUUGUAAACUUUUUUCAAGACAUUGAAAUAAAAAUGUGACUUUCCUCAAAA